UGGUUUCCUCCGAUCCCACUUCCUCCAUCUCGCGGCGCCUUUCUGUCUCACCUCACCAGCCGCCGCCGCCGCCGCCGCCGCCGCCGCUGCCUAGGCAUCACCGCCGUCAACGCCGGCUCAGCCGCCGCUUCCUGGGCAUCUCACUCAAGGCCCCGCCUCCGCCCGCCCUCCACUCCAGGUCGGGGGCCGCAGCCUGGGGCGCGCGCCCUCGACCCCAUACGGGCGCCGGAAUCUAGUGGAUUGGAUGCGUCGCAGCCAUUGCCACAGAUUCCUUCUCGCCGCCGCCGCGCCAUCAUUCAUGGCGAGGCGUCGCCGGGCGGUACCAGAAUCAUAAUCCAUGCUAUUCAACAUCCCACACUGCAAAUCACAAGCUCCUGUAGCCGCCGCCGUAGCAGCUGUUUCCAGCAUCCGCUUCUUCUCCUCCUCCUCCUCCUCCUCCUCCCUGCGGGCGCUGGUUCCGCCGCCUCCGCCUCUGCCUCUGCACGAGGAGAACCCGUUCGCUGCGCUCCUCGCCUCUGACCCCCCACCGCCGGAGCCUCUCCGCCAGGUGCUCGCCACUGGCGACGUCCACUCCGCGCUCCGCGGCCUCCCGGGCCUCGCGCGCCAGCUGUUCCGGUGGGCGGAGACCACCCCGUGUGGCUUCCCUCGCUCCGCCUCCGCGUUCGCCGCCGUCCUCGUCCCGCUCGCCCGAGCCAACCACAUCCGGGCCGCCUACCCUGUCUCCCUCCGCGCCCUGCACCUCGGCCUCCUGCUCCCCCUCGUGUCCCUCCUCCUAUCUGCUCCCCUCUCUCCCGCCCCACAGUCACUAUUGAGCCUCCUCUUACGCUUGUCCACCAAGUACUCGAAGGAAUGCACAGACCGCGACGCCACGCCCGACACCUGUUCGACGCUGUGCCUGUCCGCCUUCCACGAGAUGGCAAGCCACGGCGUGGCCCCUGACGUUAAAGACUGCAACCGUGUGCUCCGUGUAUUGAGUGAUGCGGCCAGGUGGGAUGACAUUUGUGCUGUGCAUGCGGAGAUGCUCCAGCUUGGGAUUGAGCCAAGUAUUGUCACGUACAAUACUUUGCUGGAUUCUUUCUUGAAGGAGGGAAGGAAUGACAAGGUUGCCAUGCUGCUGAAGGAGAUGGAGACCCGGGGGAGUGGUUGCUUGCCGAACGAUGUCACGCACAAUGUGGUGAUUACUGGGUUGGCUAGGAAAGGUGACCUUGAGGAGGCAGCAGAGAUGGUUGAGGGAAUGCGGCUUUCCAAGAAGGCUUCAUCCUUCACUUAUAACCCACUUAUCACUGGGUUGCUUGCAAAGGGCUUUGUCAAAAAGGCUGAUGAUUUGCAGCUGGAGAUGGAGAAUGAGGGCAUUAUGCCUACAGUAGUGACGUACAAUGCAAUGAUCCAUGGGCUGCUUCAAAGUGGGCAGGUAGAGGCUGCACAGGUGAAGUUUGUGGAAAUGAGGGCAAUGGGCUUGCAACCAGAUGUGAUCACCUACAAUUCUUUGCUAAAUGGGUAUUGUAAGGCAGGUAGCUUGAAAGAGGCUCUUUUGUUGUUUGGUGAUUUGAGGCAUGCAGGGUUAGCACCAACAGUUUUGACAUAUAACAUUCUUAUCGAUGGUUAUUGUAGAUUAGGUGAUUUAGAGGAAGCCAGGAGAUUGAAAGAGGAAAUGGUAGAGCAGGGUUGUUUGCCUGAUGUUUGUACAUAUACAAUUCUCAUGAAGGGUUCGCAUAAUGCGUGUAGCCUUGCUAUGGCAAGAGAGUUCUUUGAUGAGAUGCUGAGCAAAGGUUUGCAGCCGGAUUGCUUUGCCUAUAAUACAAGGAUUCGUGCGGAGCUAACCCUAGGGGCUAUUGCCAAAGCUUUCCGGUUGAGAGAGGUAAUGAUGUUGGAAGGCAUAUCUUCUGAUACAGUGACAUACAAUAUUCUUAUCGAUGGACUGUGCAAAACUGGUAACCUGAAUGAUGCCAAAGAUCUGCAGAUGAAGAUGGUCCAUAAUGGUUUACAGCCUGACUGUAUCACAUACACCUGCUUGAUUCAUGCUCACUGUGAAAGGGGACUCCUAAGAGAAGCAAGAAAAUUUUUUAAGGACAUGAUCUCAGAUGGUUUGGCACCCUCAGCUGUGACUUACACUGUUUUUAUUCAUGCAUAUUGUAGAAGAGGAAACCUUUAUUCAGCGUAUGGUUGGUUUCGAAAGAUGCUGGAGGAAGGAGUUGAACCUAAUGAAAUAACAUAUAAUGUCCUCAUACAUGCAUUAUGCAGGACGGGCAGAACUCAACUGGCUUAUCGUCAUUUUCAUGAGAUGCUAGAAAGGGGAUUGGUGCCAAACAAAUACACAUAUACUUUGUUGAUAGAUGGGAACUGUAAAGAGGGAAACUGGGAAGAUGCGAUGAGAUUCUAUUUUGAAAUGCAUCAGAAUGGUAUUCAUCCAGAUUAUUUAACACAUAAGGCCUUGUUCAAGGGAUUUGACGAAGGUCACAUGAACCAUGCAAUUGAGUACUUGGAGAAUGCUGUUUUGGGUGAAUAGAUUGAUUGAUCUCAAGCUUGUCCUUUUGUCCUCGCUUCGCUGAUAUCUUCCUGCCAGAGGUGAUAGAUGGAUUCACGGGCCAUUCAUUUCAAAAUGGAAAGAAAAAAGAGAGUUUGAAACAACAUUCUCUGAGUUAAGCACUUAAGCUGCUGGGUGCUUUCUAAACGAAUAGUUAAGCACAAACAUGCCUUCCUCUUGCUGCUCAGAGAUGAUAGAUGGAGUUUGGGGGCAAUUCCAUCCAAAAGAAGAAAAGCAAGACUUUGGGACCAUGUUCUCUUAGUUAAUCAGCUGGGUGCUUCACAAAUGAAUAGUUGAUCACAAAUCCGUCUUUUCCUUGCUGCUUAAACCUUGGCAGAAUUCUUUCCUUGGUAUCAUAGUUAUGGAGACACGUUUUCUAGUGAAAACUGGGUGGUAGGCAUCUGCUCUGUUUCUGAAGACCUCUCUUGAUACAAUUCUGUCCCCUUUGUUAUUUCCUUUUGAUAAGGUAUACUGGAAACCUGUUGGCCUUCAAUUCCUUACCCAACUAGCUGAAAUAGUAAAUGGCCGUGGGCCUUUUCGACUGAGCUUUCUUCAAUUAUAUAUAGGAUUUCUCUUGGUAAGAAUAUACCAAGAAUUUUUUUGUAACGAAUAAUUCUUGUAUCACCAUCAAUUUUGCCAUAGGCACAAGUCAUAGUAUAUUGACCUGUCAGAUAUGUAA